AUGGAGCCUAUUCCAACAUCCGUUCAUGUUUGCUCAUUGCAAACAUCGGCAAUAAAGAAAAUAGCACAACAAGCAGUUGAAGAAGCUGAAAAUGGAGACAAGAUGACAUCUUACAGACUGAAAUGGUUAAAUGUUGCAAUGGAGUACAACAGACAACAGCAAAUGCAGUAUGUUUUCGCAAAUUUAGGCUCUAAAGGUAAAAGUCCAAAGUUUAGAGCAAUUAGAAUGCGUCCGUUUUGGCAUAACUGGAGAAGAGAAAUUAUUAGAAUGGAUUGGGAUGAAAUCAGAGAAAAUGUUGAUCGUAAAAUGAUGAUACAGGAUCUUUCCGAGACAACACGCUACUUUGAAAGCCAAAGAAUCGAACUUGCUUCAAGAGCUUUCGCAAAGUCUCCAGAAAUCAUUGGAAUGCCACUUGGAGACAUUCUAAAUAUCAAACCAGCCAAGCCUCUUUAUACAUUUCAGACUCCAGGAUCUCUUAGACCUGGAUAUUACAAUCAAGGCUUUAAUUACGUCGAAUCUGCAGCUCUUUCUACCUUUUCAGAUGUAUCUGAUUCAGAACCACAGACAGAUAAUGUUGAUCCAUGGGAUAAACCACUUGAAGAUGAAUUUGUUGAAUUAGCAGAAAAACGCGGCUUCAUGGAGCCAAACAACAAAGCAAAUGCCGCGAAGACAAGAGAUAUCAAACCAGAAGACGAUGAAAAUAUAGACGAACCAGAGCCAGAAAAGAAAGAAAAAAUUCAGAACGAAGAACCUGUUAAGAAGGAUGAAAUCGUUGAGAAAUCUGCAAAUACAUCUACACCAAAGAAGAAUAAUUUAAUUUAUAUCAUUGCUGCUGUAGUUAUCGCUGUUUUAUUAGCUGUUGGCUGUUUUAUUGCUUUCAAACACUUCAAAACACCUGCUACACCUGUAGUAAAUAAGGCUCCUGCAGGUAAAAAAGCUCCCGCUGGAAAAAAGAAAUAG